AUGGAGCAUGACUCACAUUCCACGUGGGAAUUCAAUGGCUCCUUCUAUCAGCCUUCAGCUUUCCUCAUGAUGGGCAUCCCAGGCCUGGAAGCCUUUCACCACUGGAUCUCCAUCCCUUUUUGUGUACUCUACCUUAUUGCUCUCUUGGGAAACUGCGUCAUCCUAUUCGUCAUAAAGAAGACCCAAAGUCUUCACGAACCCAUGUACUACUUUCUGUCCAUGCUAGCAGUCACUGACCUGGGGCUGGUUUUAUGUACACUGCCUACUACUCUGGGCAUUUUUUGGUUUAACAUCCGAAGGAUUGGCUUUAAUGCUUGUCUCACUCAGAUGUAUUUCAUUCACAUACUGUCCUUCAUCGAAUCCUCCGUGCUCCUGGCAAUGGCGUUUGAUCGCUUCAUUGCCAUCUCCCAUCCACUCAGAUACCCCUCCAUACUGACCAAGACGACUGUCACAAAGAUAGGGCUGACAAUCAUACUGAGAGGCACGGUCUCCCUUCUUCCAAUACCUUUCUUGCUAAAGAGGUUAACCUACUGUGGGAAGACCGAGCUUUCUCAUUCUUUUUGCUUCCAUCCUGAUAUCAUGAACCUAGCGUGUGCAGAUAUAAAAGUCAAUAUCUUCUAUGGUAUGAUUGCUUUGUUCUCGAUGGUAGGGAUGGACUUUAUCUGCAUUGUGCUGUCCUACAUCCUGAUCAUUAAAACUGUUGUCAGCCUUGCAACUAAGGAAGAGUGUCUCAAGGCUUUGAAUACAUGCGUCUCCCACAUCUGUGCUGUGCUAAUAUUCUUCAUUCCAAUGAUUGGACUGUCCAUGAUCCAUCGUUUUGGAAAGAACUUUCCUCCUCUGGUUAGCACUUUGGUGGCCUACACCUACCUUAUAAUCCCACCUGCUCUCAACCCCAUUAUCUACAGCAUAAAGUCCAGCCACAUCCGUGAGGCUUUGUUCAGGGCACUGAGGAGGAAGUGUGAAUCUGACUGGUAA